UAUAGUGAAUCCCCAUAUCGUUGUGCGAGAAGAGGAAGUUAAACUACGCAAUGGCUUCAAACAUAUGUGAUGAAAUUGAAGAGUGCUCACAAGGCGCAGGAAAUGAAGAAUUUCAUCACAGAGGUGCAGUCCAUGAACGAUUGAUUCCAGAAAAUAGGUUGUCUAUACAGCAACCAGAGACUAAAACAAUUCUAACAUACAUCAUUCCAUUCCAGUCAAGAGAUGCGGAUGGCGUUUGUUUUUCAAUGUUUUUAUUUGUUUGUUUUAUGUGUAAUUUUCCCUUUGCCGUCUUGGCAUUCAGAUCAGCAUAUCUUGCUCUGAGAAGUUACAGACAUAACGACGAGGUUGGAGAACUGAAACAUGAGUGGUGGACCCACGUUUGGAUAUAUUUAGCCUUGAUCUUUAUUCCUUGUUAUAUCUACAUUACAUUGUUCGCUCUUUUAGUAUCUUAAAACUGUUUGCAUUCAUACUCAUAGGGAGAGGGCGUAAUAAGUUUUCAGAGCUUGUGCCCAAUCCCUUUGUAGUUAUAAAUUACAAUAAAAUAUGUUCAAAUCAAACCACUUGUUUUCAGUACAUGUUUUAUGUGCAUGUAUUUGAUUGAAACAACAAUAACUGUACUUAUGGAGAAAGUCG